AUGAAAGUCCAGCACCGCGCCACGACCCUUGAGCUCGAGGACGUUGAGGAUGAGACCAUAUCGCAGCUCGCCGUCCGCCUCGCAACCACCAUCUGCGCUGAUCCCUCCCGCGUCUCACUCUUCAUCCUCCCCAAACCAGGAUUCAUGAAGCAUCCAUUCCCAGACACGCCUUUAUCAUCCAUCUUGACACCUGCUUCGCGCAUUAAGUUGAUUGGCACCCCUGCUGCAGAAGUGAAGACGAUGAAUGACCACGCCGCCGCCAUCAAAGCCAGGACACAGUCAAGGUCACCUGCCGGAAGGCCAGUAGCCAAAGUUACACCUUACCGAGACUGGAGGAAGACAAGCGAGGAGGCGAAGUACAGCUUUGGGGCGAUCGAGCCAUUGAUGUGGCUGCCUAAUCCGGAAAGGAGCAGGAGGUUCCUAGAAAGGCUGGCCGCGGACCCUGGGAUCAAGGCUACGAUGAGGAAGCGGAAGUUUGCCGUGGGCUUAUUAACGGAGAUGGACCCUUCCCAACAUACGACGCACGAAAGCAGGACGCUUGGACUCAAUCGCAACCAGGGUGAAGUCAUCGAGUUGAGGUUACGGACGGAUGCAUACGACGGCUAUCGGGACUACAAGGUCAUCAGGAAGACGCUGUGCCACGAGCUGACACACAACGUGUGGGGUCCGCACGACCAGAACUUCUGGGACCUGUGUAAACAGAUCGAAAAGGAGGUAGCAGCGAACGACACGCAGCACGGUGGACAUCAGCUGGAUGCGCGUGCUGAGUUUUACAAUCCUGAUGAUAAUAUGGACGAUGCGGACCAUGCAGAUGGCGGCGGUUGGACGGGCGGCGACUUUGUUCUGGGCAAAGGUACAGACGUGGCGAGUAACGAAGGAUUGAGUCGGAGGGAGAUCAUGGCUCGGGCAGCAGAAGGACGAGCGAAGAAGGAAAAGGAGGCGAGAGAGGCUGAGAAGGAGUCAUAA